AGAGAGAGAGAGAGAGGAGAGAUGCGAGGAAUGUGGCGCUAAUGAGAAAGCGGAGCUCUGCUGGAACGCAACGAAGGAGCAAAGCCCAGGGGAAGAAUAAAAAAAAAGAGAGAGAGAGAAGAAGGGAGGGGGUAAAAAAAAAGAAUAGUUUGACGAGAAGAAAGACAGAGAAAGACCGACACGCAUGGAAGGGACUGUUAUUCCGUGUUUUGGGAUGUUCUGACGCUCCCCAUGCGGAGAUUUGAGUUUGCGGCUUCGUCUCGGCUCGGCUGAACCAUGCAGGGAGCGCUGCUGCAGCUCCUCGUCAGUCUGGCGCUCUGCUCUCACCCGGUGUGGAUGGCCCGGUUCUCUCAGGAGCCAGCAGAUCAGUCGGUGGUUCUGGGCCAAAGAGUGGUCCUGUCCUGUGUGGUCUUCAAUUACUCAGGCAUUGUGCAGUGGACCAAGGAUGGACUUGCUUUAGGCAUUGGAGAAGACCUUCGAGCUUGGCCUAGGUACCGUGUGUUGCGGCUGGUGGAUGUCGGGCAGUACAAUUUGGAGAUCUCAUCGGCCGAACUCUCAGAUGACUCUCUUUAUGAGUGCCAGGCAACAGAGGCUGCCCUGCGCUCUCGCAGAGCCAAACUCACUGUUCUUAUUCCCCCUGAUGAGCCAGUUAUUGAGGGUUCCCCAGAGAUCCUUUUCACAGCAGGGGUUUCCUACAACCUGAGCUGCGUGUCACGUGGCGCCAAACCCCCUGCAGUUAUAGAAUGGCAAAAAGACGGAGUCCCUAUAGAGGGGGCAGUCAGCACAACAGAGGUGCUAACCGAUAGGAAGCGAGUCACCACGCGCAGCUUCCUACCUGUCAUCCCAGUGGACACAGACACAGGAAAGAACUUUACAUGCAUGGCCACCAACUUGGCUGUGCCCUUGGGCAAGCGCACCUCUGUCACCCUCAAUGUGCACCAUCCUCCUGUGGUGGUGUUGUCCAUUGAACCACGUUCUGUGCUGGAAGGAGAGAGAGUGACGUUCACCUGCCAAGCCACUGCCAACCCCCAAGUUAUGGGUUACAAAUGGGCUAAGGGCGGUGUGGAGCUCCUGGGUGCGAGAGAGAGCGUGUUCGUCACUAAAGCUGACCACUCUUUUUUCACUGAGCCUGUUUCUUGCCUAGUGUUCAAUGCUGUGGGGAGCACCAACGUCAGCAUACUGGUGGACGUCCACUUUGGCCCUAUAUUGGUGGUAGAGCCAAAGCCAGUGACAGUGGACAUGGACUCAGAUGUCACAUUAAACUGUAAGUGGGCAGGCAACCCCCCUCUCACCCUCACAUGGACAAAGAAGGGGUCCAGUAUGGUGCUGAGCAACAAUAACCAGCUGUAUUUAAAGUCAGUGAGUCAGGCUGAUGCUGGCCAAUAUGUGUGUAAGGCCAUAGUGCCCAGGAUCGGCGUGGGAGAAACAGAGGUCACUCUCACUGUCAAUGGUCCUCCCAUUAUAUCCAGUGAGCCAGUCCAGUCUGCAGUCAGAGGAGAGAAAGGCGAGGUCAAGUGUUACAUCGCCAGCACUCCUCCACCGGACAAGAUUGUGUGGGCGUGGAAGGAAAACGUGUGGGAAAAAGAGAAGGGAACUUUACCAGAACGCUACACGGUGGAGCAGAGUAAGCCGUCCUCUGAUGGAGGAGCGGUGCUGUUUACUCUCACCAUUAACAACGUCAUGGAAUCCGACUUCCAGUCCACUUACAACUGCACAGCCUGGAACAUGUUCGGCUCAGGAUCCAUGAUCAUCAAUCUGAAGGAGACUGAAAUUGUUCCAGUGGGUAUCAUUGUUGGCAGCACUGUUGGCUGCUCCAUACUGCUACUGCUCUGUCUGCUUGCAUUAGUACUGUUCCUAUAUCGCCAACGGAAAGGAAGUCGCCGUGGGGUCACACUCGGUAAACCUGACAUCAAGGUUGAGACGAUAAAUAAAGAAACCCACAGCUUAGAGGAAGACUCAGCCAGCGUCUCCACAGCAAGUCGCAUGGUCAAGGCUAUGUACUCGUUUUUGCCCUCUGUGACCCUCUCUCCCUCCUCUCAGCCUUUUAAAGAUGACAUUGAUCUCAAACCAGACCUACGCAGUGACACCUUGGACACACGUCAGGACUAUGAGAUCAAGGACCCGACAAACGGUUACUACAAUGUGCGAGCCUCCACCCAUGACGAAGGCCGUCCUGCCUCUCGCUCCAUGCACUACUCUGACUAUCGCACCUCUACUGCACCCGGUGGUGCUGCAACUGUUAGCGGUAGCUCAGGCACCGGAGCAACGGCAGGUCCUGGAACACCUAGCAGCUUGGCUCCUGGGUCACGAGCCGGCUGCUACGACCCUCGACCUCCUUCCAGACUCAGCUAUGCCCAGUUUAACACCUUCAGCAGACCAAGUCAGUCUCAGCAGCCUCCGCCCAGCUCCGGGCCUCAGACAGGCGACUUUCCAGCUGAAUGUAGUCUCCUAGAUUCAGCACCACAGUUACCAUAUGAGAACUACAGCUACCCUUCGCAUUACCCAACGUAUCGCCUCGGCUUUGCUCCUCCCAGCCUCGCUCCAUUAGAAAGCGGCGCAGCGUACGAGAUUUACGGCGUGGGGCCGGGUGUAAGCGUCGGAGGCAGUGCUGCGACCCCGGAGAGCGGACUCGGGAAGUACGGUAGCUCCACGCGCUUUUCCUACACCUCGCAGCAUUCCGACUAUUCCCACCGACACACGCAGAGGAUGCAGACGCACGUGUGAAGGAGGAGCCGGACCCCUCUUCCUGACUUCAGCACACAUACUCGACCACAUGCACACAAACAUACACAGGAGGAAAUUAUAAAGAAAGGACGAAUGGGUGGUAGGAAUCAGAUCAGAAAGCACAGAAGAGAGAGCGGGAGGGAAAUUUAGAGGUGGAGGAAAUCCUCUCAGCUUUUUCUGCGUAUUUUCUCGGCUCAAGGAGCCGAUAGCGAAAAUCACAAUCAAGAUGAAAAAUAGUAGCAUUAAUGAAAGAUCUAGCAUCGUCAAAAUGCCAAACAGUAUUGGUGUGAAUAUCUUGGAGUAAACAUGGCCACAGACUCAUCUUGAUGAGAACUGCUGGAAGCUUCUGUGUUUGUCUGUGACACUAAUACCACAUGGCAGCAGUGGUCAUGGAAGGCUUUUGUAACGAAAAGAAAAAGAAAACAAGAAAAAAAUUUUUUUUAUGGCUUCUUCAACUCGUCUCCACACCUUUACAAGGCAAAUAUCAGAAAGCAAUAUAAUGGCAAUUACACCUACUAGACUGGCAGUGGUUCAAUGAUGAUUCAUAUACAGUUAAUUCCUUAUAACCAGCCAUGAGCAAAGCACCAAACAAGACACUACAUGACCAUGUUUUCUUAGCUACCAAAGCAUUAAGGGUGUAACGAUAAAACAUGUCGUAAUGCAUCGAGCGAUACAAGGCUCUCAUUUUGAUAUGUCUGCGGGGGCGCAAUACUGAGGUAUAAUCAACAUGUAAACUCCAUCAAACCCACACACUUUUACCUAAAACAUCUCCGUCUUUAUCGCAAAUCAGCUAACAAGCUGUUUUUUACACUGAGUACAGCAGCAACGGCUCCCUUCAACAGCAAUCUGGGUUCUAUUUUGAUUGAAUAGAUCACACCAUCAUGUUGUAAUUUAAAUAUUAUACCUUUUGUAACAUUUUAUUGAACAAAGAAAAAAUGUAAAACACGACUUUAGACAUUUUUCACCGUGAAAUCGUGUCUGAUUGGAACUCUGCAUGUCGUUACACCCCUACAAAAGUACUUGCGAUCAAUUGGACACUAGGUGACGAGAGGCAGAUACACUCACCUGCUUUACCUGUUCGUUAGUAUCUAGUCGUUAUUCUAGAUCGCUAAGCUACCUCAUGAAGCGGGCGACAAGCCUUCUCAAUUAUAGGAACGAAUAAAAUAAAGCGUACAGUAUGGUUCACCAACCUUUUCUUACGGAGUUGUCAAAAUGCUAUCAUUCAAAAUAUUGAAGUUGCAACUCAUAUCAGUGAAUUAAAGCACUUUGGAACCUUUUUUUUCUUUUGGCAUAAAAAUAGGAAGGAAAAGAGACCAGUUUAGGAAGCCAUCACCCAUGGUCAAGGACAACUAUGUUCUUUUUCUUUCACUCAUUCUCUCUCUUUUUCUUCUUUUUCAUGAUGGGACAAACAAUUGGUAUUUAGUGGAAUGCACAAAGGGGACAUCAUAGUGAAAAACAUAUAUAUAAUUUUUUUUCCCAUAGUGUUUUGACAUGGUGAUUAGUUGAUCAUUAAGCACAUACAGUAUGGCUGCAUAUACUUACACACACACACACACACACACACACUAUAUAUAUAUAUAUAUAUAUAUAUAUAUAUAUAUAUAUAUAUAUAUAUAUAUAUAUAUAUAUAGUAUGUGUGUGUCUAUAUAUAUUUGUAUGUAUAUGUCUGAAUUCCCCACUCGUUUCCAUGGUGCUUUGUAGUGGGGGUCAUUGUUUGCACUGCAUUCCAGUAUUCUAGCAUAGAUAAUUACUCUUAUAAUCUACCUGUAAUCUCUCAUUUGCACACUAGGCUAGAGUGUUUGGACUAGUCCCAAAAAUACCGAAUUAUUUUUGUUCUUUCAUAUUUUCUGUAAAAGAAUUGUGGACCAAAGGUUCAUCGUUUCGAGUGUCAGUCUUUAUUUAGGUGAUAUUCACCUCAACAAACAAAAAGGAAAUAUGCAGAUUUGUUUGUGUUUGUUGUUUCUGGACUCAGUAAUAAUGGUGACCAAAAAACAUGGCGUUUUAAAGGGUAUGGGGCUGCAAAAAAGUACGACCCAGCCUUAGGUACACAUACUGAGCUUAGAUCAGGCUGCUAUGCUGUCACCUUCUAAGACAUCAUGAAAAAAGUGGAGCAGAUCUUGUUUAUUCUUGGAUGGAUUUUUUUUUUUUUGGGUUCCCAGGGUCUUUACCAGAGAACAGAAUGUUCAUACAUAUAUAAAUGUAUAUUACAAUAUGAGGUUUACUGAAACCUAAUACAUCGGGGACUGUUGCCACACACAAUAUCACGAAGACACACCUGCUAUUUGUGCCAAACACAGACGCCUAAGUUCGGCAGAAGCAUCUUUCUUUCUUUCUUUUUUUUUUUGACUAGUAAAACUCAGACUUGAUUUAUGGCUAUGAAAGCAGACAGGGUUUUCUGGAUGUAAACAUCAUGAUCAUGUCCAUUGUGAAAGAUGAAGACAAUCCGUCUGGUAAUGGGUUCUUUAUCGCGGAACAGUUGUCGUCUGAGUUUCGAUGCCUUUCGAUUGAAGGAGUCUUGUAAAUAUUUUCCCACGUGUUACUCCUAUUUCAAGUAUUAUUUUAUAUCAUUCAGUGUGAUGCACUCUUUAAAUGCAGUAUUGUUACAGUAUCUACGGUGCAAGAGAAAAUUGGCAGGAGGACUAAGGUUCGGCAGUGGAUUUUGAAGAUUUUACGACCGGUUGUAAAGAAAAAAAAAGAAUAAUAAUGAGCUGUGUUCAUCAUUACUUGGCUGAAGUCCAGUGUGGUGCCAAAAAGCAUUCAGCAGAACGAGAUGCUCAUCAUCAACAGAUAGCACCUUUAUACCCACCUGUGCUGCCCAUUAGUAUGUCCUUAUGGUACAGUUGGUUCAUUAUGAGCAAUUGACUUUGAGAAAGACGGGUUUGAGAAGUCGUGACCUAAUCUGCAUUUGAGGACAUGGUCUUCCUCCAACUUCCAUCGCAAACGACUGAAGCGCCAUGAGGACUUAAAAGAGGGAUUUAUGAGUGUUGAUUAAAAAAAACAAACAAAAAAAAAAGAGUGGCCUUAGGAAAACAUGACUUUUAUAAUCCAACACUUUAUAUGCCAAUUUAAGGCUGGAGGAGAAUGAUGUGCAGUGUGUGUGUGAGAGAGAGAGACUGAGUGUAUCUCUUUGUGUACAAAUAUCUUUAUGUAAUCCUUUACUUCCCUAAAGUUCCUGCUCCAAUACUUUUAUUCUGCUGGUAGGACUGUAUCCUGUAUACUUGUGUCUUAGAAAGCAAAUGUUGACCUUACUGUACUGUUCUUCAUAGUUGAAGCAUUCUACAGACGUACAACAGAAGUUAAUGAGUUUUCUUUUAUUUCAUUAUCUUUUUUUUCCCAAUAUAUUUUUAAAAAUGUUAUGUAAUUAUUUUUUCACAGUAUAUCAAAUAAAAGCACUGUUUUUAUAAGA